UUUAGGUUAAUUAAAGUUGGAAUGGAAAAGAAGGUAAUUUACAUUUACGAUUCUACUUUACGCGACGAAUGCGAUCGCCUGCCAACAGUUCCUGGACGAGCUUCCAUCGUAACCGACUUAGUUAACUCGUACGAACUGCUCAAAUCUGGUAACGUAACGGUAGUCCCAAGCGUUCCGGCCACAUACGAUGAGCUUAGAUUAUUCCAUUCGAGUGCGUACUUGGAUUUUAUGAAAGCGUACAAAGAGGACGAUGUUGGCUUCGAAGAUGGAGAGGAAGACGAGUUCGGUUUAAGUUACGACUGUCCCUUGCUCCCUCGACUUUACACAUUAGUGCAAGCAUUAGCCGGUGGUUCGAUAACUGCUGCAAAUUUACUGGCGGAGCGCAAGUGCGAUUUUGCAAUUAACUGGUUCGGCGGCUGGCAUCACGCCCAAAGAGACGAAGCCGAAGGAUUUUGUUACGUAAACGACAUUGUGAUCGCCAUUCAGACUCUAACGAGAAGCUUUACCAAGAUAUUGUAUGUUGAUCUAGACGUCCAUCACGGGAACGGAGUACAGAAUGCGUUCGAAUUGAGCCCGAAAAUUUUAACUCUGUCUUUCCACAAGUACAGCCCUGGAUUUUAUCCGGGCGGCGGUAAUGUUGACGAAGUCGGGAGUCGGCGAGGGGAAUAUUUCUCCCUGAAUGUUCCAUUACGCGACGGUUGUAGUGGGAAAACGUAUUUGAGGUGUUUUAAAGAGAUCUUUCCGAGAGUUUUCCGAGCUUUUAAACCUUCGGCCUUGGUUGUACAGUGUGGUGCAGACUGCAUUAAUGGGGAUCCUGUUGGGCAAAUUAAUAUUACGACGAAAGAUAUGGGGGAGUGUAUCAAGGAUGUUUUGAACUGCAAUGUACCAACUUUGUUUUUAGGGGGAGAAAUAUAA